AUGCAGCCCACACUAGCCCCAGCGCCGCAUCCAAGCAUGCAAACCACUGCUCAGGACCAUGCGGACCAGGUGCUGCAUGAUCAGCUUCUAGCUGCUCAUCAACAUAUGUCUCACCCACAGCAACCGCGCCCACAACCGCCGACGGCACCACCUCCGCACAUGCAACCAAACAACACGAGUCCUCGAGAUCAGAACAACAUUGACCCUGCCAUCUCAGGCGCGACCAUGCUCGCUGGCCCUCCGCAAACACCCCCUCAACCGGAGCCCCAGAGCCAAGAAUCUCCCAAGACUUAUGGCAAGCGACCGUUGUCAACUUCCAAGCGUGCUGCGCAGAACCGUGCUGCUCAAAGAGCCUUCCGUCAGCGGAAAGAAAGCUACAUCCGCAAACUAGAAGAACAAGUGAAGGAAUACGAUGCCAUGUCAGAGACGCUGAAGGCUCUCCAGGCCGAGAACUACCAGCUGCGAGAAUACAUCAUCAACCUGCAGUCCCGCUUAUUGGACUCGCAAGGCGAGGUGCCCGAGCUGCCUAGCAACAUCGACCUCAGCCAGCCACGAUCAGACCUGUCUCUUCCAGGCCCCGGUCCAGCAUCUACUGGGGGCCCUGCCCCGGCUGCUCCAGGGCAAUCCCAGCAGCCUCAAGCUCAAGCGCAAGCAUCUGCGCCAAACGACGAUAUGAACUCGCUGAACCGCAUCGCCGUGGCGGGCCUGGGUAUGCGCAAGCACCCGAACGAGGAGGCCAAUUUCCUAGGAAACAACUUUCAGACUCGCCGCCCGCGCGGUGACGAAGGCCAGCCUGAUGCUUCAGACGCCCCAAAGACGGAAAUAACCCACGGCUUGCCGGUGGUUUCAUGAGACUUCAGUCUGUUUUGAUUAUUGACUCUACCCAUCACUCUCUUUGCGUUCGUUGAUCCUCGCGUUUGACCAUCCAUACCGAUGACUCUGGCUUGCAUUUUUCGUCCACCCUUCUAUGUAUCCUUUCCGGUGUAAGGCGCCAUGUAUCUAGGUAUUUUCCCUGGCUCAGGAAGGAGCGGUGUUCUGCGGUUACUCUUCAGAUUCUCUUUCCAUUUCAUCACUUGAAACCUAGAAGGGCAGAAAAUGAUAACCACGCUAGUACCUUUGAUGUAUUUCCUUAUGUAAUAUCAGACCCUCUUAUCACUAAAGUCGACCAUCUUCCGUUGUGGAGCUUUUUAUCUUGUGCCCUUAGUGCCUUGAUGUGGC